AAAAAAAAAAUAAAGCAUGUGGGAUCUUGUGUUCCUGCUUCUCUAGACGGGCCGAGCAUAGAGGUAGGGUCCGUCACGGUGCCACACAGUGGCUUUGUACUCCCCGAGAAACCGGUGUCACUAUACCUAGCACAACGCCUACUACUGCCCGAAUCGAACUUGGCCCACGUCCUUGCGCGCCGGAGACACAGGAAAGAUGCAUAUCACAAGCUUAAGCCAAGCUGUGCCUCUUUUCAUCUUGAACAGAAAACAAACGGUCUCAAUUUUGAGCUCUCCUCUCGACUCAAAGUGGCCAGGAACCCGUCGAGAUAGACUACAGAUGGAGGCAUUGAUUUUAUGAUAUUAGCACUACAGAUUUUAUCUCAACCACCUCAAGACCAAGCUAUGAGUGCGACCGGGGCAUGUCGCAAGGGUCAAACCUGGCCCACCACAGGCGAAACCUUUUUGGUCUGUUCCUUGUCUUGAGCCUCAAUGCCUUUUAAGCCAAAUCGUUCACCUCGUCUCCCGGAUUUACACCGAGGUGGCACUCUCGGUGUCAACAUGCUUCUCUCUAGUUUGCCAGUAGAGGCUCAAGUUCGGCAUCAGGUCUUUGCUUUCGACUCGGUCCGAACACUAUAGCAGUUCGCAACUAAUUUCGGC